UUUUCUCUCUCUCUUCUCUCCUUCCUCUUCAGAGCUGCUGUCGAACUCCUCCUCAACAAUGAAGCGAACCCUAAUGCCACCGAUGUGCGAGGGUGCACCUCCCUGCACUUAGCUGCAUGGAAUGGAUUCUCGGAUAUAUGUCGCGCCUUGCUUACAAAGGGACCUGCUGCAGCCCUUGUUAACACACAAAACAGUGAUGGAGACACUCCGUUACAUUCUGCAGCCCAAUAUGGACAUUGUGCAGCCGUGGGAGUCCUACUUGAGAACCAUGCUGAUCCCGGUAUACGCAACCUGCGCGAAGAGUCACCCCUGGACCUCGCUGCACAGUAUGGUCGCGUGGAAACUGUGCAACUGUUGUUGUGCAGCCACCCUGAGCUGACGCAUCGCGUGCACCUCGACAAGUUCCCACUGCACCUGGCUGCACGAAAUGGACACAAACAAGUGGUUAAGUUGCUCCUUGACGCUGGGGUUGACAUAAACACAAAGGUGUCGCCUCCCCUCAUGAUGGUAUGCAACAAAAAUGCUGUCUACACCAACGGCAACUACAUUAACCACAUGGAGGUGGUAUCUAAAACUGCUGGUACAGCCUUACAUGAGGCUGCCUUCUUCUGUAAAUUAGAUGUGGUGAAACUUCUGUUAGAAAGAGGCAUUGAUGUCACAGAAACUGACCCGCAAGGUCAAACGGCCCUUGACCUCAUCAAUUCAUACCGGUCCCAAAAGUAUAACCAAGUUAGUUCCUUAAUAAUUGAGUUCCUGGAACAUGGCAAUCGUUAUGCUGAGGUGAAACAGCAAGGCUCCGGGAUGGACUCGCCGUCAAACCGACUGUCCAAAGACCCGAACACAAUGAUAAAUCCUGUAGCCAUGGCGAUGGAGACUGGCGGCACCGGCUCCAUCGGCUCCCAGGAUACCCCAAAGGUUGUGAGUGACAUCUACACACAGCCGGUUCGAAUGCGACGUCGACCUCCUCCGCCUGUCCCUGAGAAUGCCAGUGAUGUUAGUGAUGUUAGUGAUGUGUUGCCCUCAGCACCAGACUCUGAGCCAAGUGGGGCCGAUGAGGGGCAGCCGCAAGAGCUGGACCCACCCGUAAGUGUAAGCCCUCCAAAAGAAGAAAGCCCACCUCCGGUUCCACCCAGAAGUCCGACGUUAUUGAAGAAUCUAUGGCAAUCUACAAAAUACGAAACGAUACAGGAUGACAACCGGAGUAUUGGCAGUGUUGAGAGUGUUCCGGGAACGAUAGCUCACGUCCAGUCAAUGGAUGCGGCCUGUGCCGGGCGGACUUCACCACAAGACAUGCCUCGGAAACCUCCCAGGCGAAGACACCCAAGUCCGAAAGUUAAUCGCGAGAACAAGGGCAGCGACUCUCCGUCAUCGCUGACUCAUUCGUACGACGGCAGUUCGCCGCUCCCAGACCAGAGUCACUCGCCGCUGUUCACGACGAUGUACAACACAAACAACACCGCCGUCUCGGCGGCCGACAUGGCGUCAUACCACCAACACCAGCUCCAGCAGCACCACCAACAGCAGCAGCAGCAGCAACAACAACAACAACAACAGCAGCACCAUCACCAACACCACCACCCCCACCCUCACCACCACCACCACCCACAACAACAACAGCAGCAGCAGUCGCCGUCACCUUUGCCAUACGAGUGUCGGGCGUCGCUGCGAGAGUCGGACCACUUGGAGAACAAUGAGGUGGUUGUCAUGAAGUAUGACUGCGAGCCCCGGAGCGGGGUCGCCGGGCAAAAGCACCAGCAGCAGCAGCACCACCACCACCAUCAGCAGCAGCAACAGCAACACCAUCAGCAGCAGCAGCAACAACACCACCACCACCACCACCAAGCAGCAGCAGAUGACAUCGUCGACGUCGUCGGUGGUAUCGGCCGGGUCGGGGUCGGGUCCGGUCACGGUGUUGUCUGAGCGUAACGGUAUCGCGGGCGGCCUGCCGAUGCGGACGAGUCGCACCCGGGAGAGGGAGCGCGACCGGGAGAGGGAGAGGGACCACCGAGAUAGGGAUCACCGACCGCCCCUUGACCAUUCUCUGUCGCACUCGCAUGCACCGCGCGGC